AUGGCUGAACUUGUUGAUGAGAAUGGAGGAUGGAAAAUGAAUGGUUUGAAAAAAUGGCUGCCUGCGGACAUUCUUCAUAAAAUCAGUGGGGUUCUCCGACCAAAUAGCGAAGAGGAUGAGGAUAGAGCAAGAUGGAUUUGCACUACUCAUAGACAAUUUUCAAUGGCUGACAUGUAUAAUUUGCUGAAAGGGUAUGAUUCCUUGUGUGCGAAAAAGAUGUGGGAUUUGAUAUGGAGCUGGAAGGGUCCAAAGAGAGUGCAAACUUUCCUUUGGAUGGCUAUUGAUGGUGGUUUGCUGAUUGCUGUGAAGCGAAGUAAGAUCUUGAAAAUCCCCGCUAAUUGUUUGAUUUGUUUGAAUGUUGACGAGGAUGUUCUACAUGUCCUACAUGACUGUGUGGUGGCAAAAGAAGUCUACAUAGAGUUACUCAGAGGGAAGAGAUGUGAUGAGUUCUUUGAUUUGAAUCUACGAAAAAGGUUUAAACAAAAUUUGAGGAGAAAUAAAAGAGAGUGUGGAGAAGGGAAGAUGGCUUUUGCUAUUUGCAUUUGGUUUCUUUAG